AUGAUUUACACCUAAUAGAACUAGAAGCUUAGUUACAAUUGGGAAGCUACCCAUAAGGAAAUUUUCUCUUUUGUUAUAGAAAAUUACUUACCUAUUAGUACAAAUUUAAUUUAUCCAAAAUUAAAUUACUCUAUAUUUACUGAAGAUUUGUAUGAAAAUUUUCCACCACAUUAUUUAAAUAAAUAUGGUUAUGAUGAUAUUAAUGCAUUACUUAUAAUAAAAGCAAAAUAGUUAAAUAUUAAAAAUGGUAUUUAAAAUUUAUGGCACUUCUCACUUAUACUUAUGACCAUAUAAAAUUUAAUUAUUUCAAUGAGAUAAGAUAAGAAUUGGUUGCUCCAAAAUGAUUAAUUAUUAUAAAUAAAGGCAGAUGGUUUAUUUAUGAUUGCAGCUAGAUAUGAUAACUUGGCUGUAAUGCUGUUGAUUAACAACAAUUACAAUGCCCAUUUGUCAAAAUCUUAAAAUAUACAGAGAUCUAAACAGAUGAGAAUUAAUCCCAGUCUCACAAAUCUUAAAAUUAUAUUAAAUUAUUAAGAUAAUUUGUUUUUAUUUUAGGCUCUUUAAACUAAAUAAUAAAAAAUUUAUUUGAGCAAAUAAAUGAUAUAAAGAAUUUAUAAACUAAAAAUUACUACAAUUGAUUAAAUGACGAUUUUAUCAAACAUUUUAUUAACUUUGCAUUUUGUCAAAGAAAAAUAAUUCCAAAAUGAGGCUAUUAAUAUUAAUUUCAAUAUGCAGGCUCUUAAAAAACUAAUAAUAUUAAUUUAAUUUGAAUAGUGUCAAUAUUGA